CGGAAGUGGCGGGUGUGGACGCGGCCCUGGAUUCCCCUGGCUGCCGGACUUCUCUUCGCCAGCUAGGAGUAGGGGGUGCGGCCAGGGCGCGGCGCAGCGGGGGAGCGCGAAAGGUCACCACACAUAUAAUGGAAUUUUAUCUGAUUCGGUAGAUCUUCAUUCUGGAUAUCAAGGUAACAAUACGGGAGGUAUGCAUAAUUUCUCAUUUCUGCAAGUAGUCUUGAUUGCUGCAGGAAGAAAUUUUUUAAGCUACAGCAAAAUUCAUUUUGGUAACUUUUAUGGAAAUCCCAAUUUUGUUUUUAAAUUUUUGAUAACCUUUUGCUAAAGGUAUGCACAAGCAAAGAAUUAAUCUCAGUAGGCAAGUCCACAUUAAUAAGAAUGCCUAGAAGAGGACUGAUUCUUCAGGCCCGGGCCCAGUGGCUACUGUUGGGUCUUGCUUUAGUUUGCAUUUUGGUACUGUUUUUGUAUCUUCUGGAAUGUGCCCCCCAGACUGAUGGAAAUGCAUCUCUUCCUGGAGUCAUUGGGGAAAAUUAUGGUAAAGAGUAUUAUCAAGCCCUACUGCAGGAGCAAGAAGAACAUUAUCAGACCAGGGCAACCAGUCUGAAACGCCAAAUUGCACAACUAAAACAAGAAUUGCAAGAAAUGAAUGAGAAGAUGAAAUCAUUACAAGAGAGAAAGAAUGUAGGGUCUAAUGGCAUAGGGUAUCAAGGUCACAAAGAACAAGUACCUAGUGAUCUUCUAGAGUUUCUUCAUUCCCAAAUUGACAAAGCUGAAGUUAGCAUAGGAGCCAAACUACCUAGUGAGUAUGGCGUCAUUCCGUUUGAAAGUUUUACCUUAAUGAAAGUAUUUCAGUUGGAAAUGGGUCUCACUCGCCAUCCUGAGGAAAAGCCAGUUAGAAAAGACAAACGAGAUGAAUUGGUGGAAGUUAUUGAAGCUGGCUUGGAGGUCAUUAAUAAUCCUGAUGAAGAUGAUGAACAGGAAGAUGAGGAUGGUCCCCUUGGAGAGAAACUGAUAUUUAAUGAAAAUGACUUCAUAGAAGGUUAUUACCGCACUGAGAAAGAUAAGGGCACACAGUAUGAACUCUUUUUUAAGAAAGCAGACCUUAUGGAAUAUAGACAUGUGACCCUCUUCCGCCCUUUUGGACCUCUCAUGAAAGUGAAGAGUGAGAUGAUUGACAUUACUAGAUCACUUAUUAAUAUAAUUGUGCCACUUGCUGAAAGAACUGAAGCAUUUGUACAGUUUAUGCAGAACUUCAGGGAUGUAUGUAUUUAUCAGGACAAGAGGAUUCACCUGACAGUGGUGUAUUUUGGUAAAGAAGGACUGUCUAAAGUCAAGUCCAUCCUAGAAUCUGUCACAAGUGAGUCUAAUUUUCACAAUUACACCUUGGUCUCAUUGAAUGAAGAAUUUAACCGUGGACGAGGACUAAAUGUGGGUGCUCGAGCUUGGGACAAGGGAGAGGUCUUGAUGUUUUUCUGUGAUGUUGAUAUAUAUUUCUCAGCCGAAUUCCUUAACAGCUGCCGGUUAAAUGCUGAGCCAGGCAAGAAGGUGUUUUACCCUGUAGUGUUCAGUCUUUACAACCCUGCCAUUGUUUAUGCCAGUCAGAAUGUACCCCCUCCUGUGGAGCAACAGCUGGUUCACAAAAAGGAUUCUGGCUUUUGGCGAGAUUUUGGCUUUGGCAUGACUUGUCAGUACCGAUCAGAUUUCCUGACUGUUGGUGGAUUUGACAUGGAAGUUAAAGGCUGGGGUGGAGAAGAUGUUCAUCUUUAUCGAAAAUACUUACAUAGUGACCUGAUUGUUAUUCGGACUCCAGUUCCUGGUCUUUUCCACCUCUGGCAUGAGAAACGCUGUGCUGAUGAGUUGACCCCCGAGCAGUACCGCAUGUGCAUCCAGUCUAAAGCUAUGAAUGAAGCCUCUCACUCGCACAUGGGAAUGCUGGUCUUCAGGGAGGAAAUAGAGACACAUCUUCGCAAACAAGCAUACAGGACAAAUAGUGAAGUUGUUGGUUAAAGUGAUCGUUAGUCCAAAUCACAAGCCAGCACUGAACCUCAAACCAGCACUAUUUAUUUAGCCUUAAUUCCAGUUCUAGAUGCAGUGCCUUUUUCAGAAAAGACAUGCUUGUUUUGUGUUCUUUCUGACAUUACUUUACUCUAACAGUUUAACUUCAUAGAAAAGAGAAAGCAACUGUUUCAAUGCAAAAUCUGAACUUAUGGAAUCAUUGAUAAAUCGAAAUUUGGUGUUUGGCUCCAAAAAUAGUUUUGAGUUAGUUUCUACUCUGUGCCCAUGUUUUCAUGUGUCCUGGUUGCAUCUGUGAUGAUGAUGGGUAAGAAGCAUGUUGUUCCUGCAGAAAUGGAGAAUUAUAGAUGGAGUGUGUGGACAAAGGUUUUUCACCUGCCAACCACUGAGUCAACUUGCUUGGUUUUUAAAUGAAGAUCUUUGGUUGCUUGCUUGAAGAAUCCUUUUUCACUGAAGCAGAGGAUACUUCAAUGACAAUUCUGAAAUCCCCAACCAGUCAAGGAAGACAGAAUUAAAAAUCCCUUCUUGUUGUUUUGUCCCCUAAAUGUCUGUUUUUAAAGAAAUAGAUAAUACUAGGAAAUACUCAGAAUCUAUGAAUUGAUUAAAAUAUAGUGUCAUCAUGUUCAGGAUUAGAAGUCAAAGUUUCUGUAGAGUGUUUUGAACAAACUAUAAUCAGCAUGGAAAUGUCUAAUUAUAUUGGAGCACAGGACACCAGUGGUCUGGGAAUAUCAUGAGCCAGGGCUUAUAAGGGCCUUCUAGUGGUGGGUGGUUCAGAAUAGAUGAGCAUAGCAUGGUGCUAUGUGUUUUUGCUUUGUACUGUCUCAUUUAGCAUGGAUCCAUAGGUAUUAGUGUACUUUUUUCCUAAUAUGUUAAUAUAUGCUACAUCUGUAUUUGCAUUAUUGUAAUACUUUUGAGUUUAUAGUUCCACUGAAGGGAGAAAAGCAAAGCAAGCUGUAUAUACCAUAAGAUCACACUGAAUUGACAAAGGGGAAAAGAGGACUCCCAUCCAAGUACUAACCAGGCCCGACCCUGCUUAGCUUCCGAGAUCAGGUGAGAUUGGGCGCAUUCAGGGUGGUAGAGGAGAGCAGUAUGAAUGGAAUCUGGAUUACAGAAUAUUUUAAAGAUGCAUAUUACUUUGAGAUAGUAGGAUGUUUUGAGGUAUAAAUUAUAUUAAGAGACAAGAUGAAUAAGAAAUUAUAUUCAGCUAGAGCUAUACUAUGUUAUGUAUCACACAUGGAUCUUUUACCAUUGGGUCAGUUGCUAGAUCCAGAAGUUAGAGAUAUGGUGAAAGGCAUGUGUAGAUUUUUUAACCUUUGGCUUUUAAAAAGGGACCUGUGUUAUAUUCUCUCUAUUUAUAUAUGAACCUCUGAGAAAUCGCAGAAGAAAUCACAGGGUACAUUAUUCUUUCAGCACAGUAAAUCGUAUCAUCUGAAAUAUUAUGAAUUCCAAAUUUCUUGGUGCUAUAUGAAUUCAAUUUUAUAAUAACUCUUAUAAUUAGCCUUAUAAGUUUUAAGUUGGGGUAGCACUUAAGCUUGCUUUUUUAAGAUGUGUAAAAUGAUGUUCUGUGCAAAGUUAUUCAAGCUGUUGGCUCCUUUUAUGUAUAAGUAUUGUGAAGACCAGUGAAAAGUGAGAGAACCUAACUAUUUUCAAAGGUAAGUUUCAGGUUGUUUUUUGACAGAAUCAAAUGAUUUUAUCUUUCCUGCUUUUUUUAAAACUUCUAUUUUAAAGAUAGAAGCCAAGCAUGGAGACAUUACCAUAUUUUUUUUUACAUUAAAUGGUACCAAUAAAGUAUUUUAUUACCAAAAAUUAAGUGAAAAUGUGAUAAAUUAAUUUCAUUCUGUUGUAAAUAUCAUAAAUACAGAAAUGUGUAUAACAUAUAAUUGUGUACUUUAAAUAAUAAUAAUGCAAACACCAGGGCACAACCUACCCAGAUUAACAUACAGAGCAUUAGCAGUAAAACACCUGUGUGCUGCUUCUUGAUCACACAGCCUCUGUCUCCAUAAUAAUCACCAACUUGAUGUUUGUGGUAAUUUUUUACAUAUUUCUCUUCUUCAUUUUCCCAACUGCAUAUUUAUAUCUACCCAGUGAAUUUGUAUACAUAUUAUUUCAGUAUGUAUUUUUAACUUUCAGUUUUUGAGGUUCACUCAUGUUAAUCUCAAAAUUAAUCUGUUUUUAUUACUGAUUAGUACUCCGCUGUGAAUAUAGUCAUGUGCUGCGUAAGGACCUUUCAGUCAGUGACAGACCAUGUAUACGACAGUAGUCCCAUAAAAUUAAAAUGGAGCCCUACAAAUUCCUGCCACCUUGUGAUGUUAAAAUAUCAGAAUCACUGUCUUGAUGACUACGGAGUAUACCAUUGCUUUUAAACCAACUGUUCCAAAAUGUUUAUUGAAACCUUAUUAUAUGCUUAGUUAGCACUGUUCUAGACACUAUGUAUAAUAGUGAACAAGAAUAGUGGAGCUUAGCCUUGGCAUGUGGCUCAGUUGGUUGGAGCAUUGUCCUGUGCACCAAAAGGUUGCAGGUUUGAUCCCUGGUCAGGGCACAUACCGAGGUUGUGGGUUCAAUUCCAGGUCGGGACACAUACAGGAAGUAACCAAUUGAAGUUUCUCAUUUCUUUCUGUCUUUAAAAAUCAAUAAAAACAUAUCCUUGUGUGAGGAUUAAAAAAAAGAAUAGUAGAGCUUAUAUUAUAGCUCUGGAGAGUCCUGGCCAGGUAGCUCAAUUGGUUAGUGUCAUUCCAGAUAACAUGCCAAGGUUGCAAGUUUGAUCCCCAGUGAGGGCAUUUUCAAGAAAAAAACCAAUGAAUCCAUAAUCAGUGGAAUAAAAAAAUAUGUUUCUUUCUCUCUCUCUCCCUCUCUUUUUCAAAACUAAUCAAUAAAUAUACUUCUGGAGAGACAUAAAUUGUAGCACAAUGCAUUACUCAUGUGUGUGGUGAUACUGGUAUAAGCAAACCUAUGCUGCCAGUCAUACAGCACAUACAAUUAUAUACAGUACAUUGUACUUGAUAAUAAUAAUAAAUGACUGUGUUACUGACUUAUGUAUUACUACACGACACUUUCUAUCAUUAUUUUAGAGUGUACUCUUACAAAAAAUGUUUGCUGUGAAACAUUAGGUGGUAUUACACUGGCAGCAGCCUCCUACAAAUCAUGUUUACUGCUUCCUCUUGAUUGUAUAAUUUUCUUGUGCUUGAUUUAAUGUUGUGUUUGAUAAAUUUAGUGUAGCCUAAGUGUAGUGUUUUAAAUCUACAGUAGUGUACAGUAAUAUCCUGGACCUUCACAUUCACUCAACACACACUCACUCACUCACUCACUCACCUAGUGCAACUCUAGUCCUGUAGGCUCCAUUCAUGGUAAGUGCCCUACACAAAUGUAGCAUUUUUAAACUUAUAUACUGUAUUUUUAGUGUACCUUUUCCGUGUUUAGAUAUAUUUGAAUACACACAUACUUAACCAUUAUGUUACAGUUGCCAACAGUAUUCGGUACAAUAACAUGCUGUACAGGCCUGUUACCUAGAAGCAAUAGGCUAUUCCAUAUAGCCUAGGUGUGUAGUAGGCUAUACCAUCUAAGUUUGUGUAAGUGCACUCUAUGAUCUUCACACAGGGAUGAAAUUGCUUAAUGACACAUUUCUGAGAAUGUAUCCCAUCAUUAAGCAGUGUAUAACUGUAUACUACAAUAUUAUACUUUUAUAGAUACUUGAGUUUGUAGAUUUUUGUCAUCUGUUUGUUUUUGGCUAUCACAAGCAGGGUUGACAUGUCACUUUACAUGUCUCUUAAAAAUGCGAGAGCUUCUCUAGGAGUGAUGGUGCUAGAUCAUUUAUGUUAUGCACAUUCAACUUACUUUCCAGAGUAGACUGACCACCUCCAGCACUGUGAGAGAGUUCACUUUGCAUUCUAGGCACUACUUAAUUUUGUAGUUUUGAGAUGGGAAAGAGACAAAACUCAUCUGAUUCUGCUACUUCCUGCUUAGUUUAAUCCCAGCUGGUGCAGAAGAAAUACAAACCAGAAUAUAUUUUAUUUUAAAUAAAUGUAUUGGGUUACAUUGGUUAAUAAGAUUGUAUAGGUUUCAAGGGUACAUUUCUAUGAUACAUAAUCUGUAUAUUGCAUUGUGUGUCCACCACCCAAAGUCAUCAUCUUCUGGCACCAUGCAUUUGGCCCCUUUACUCCUCCAAGUCCCCUUCCCUCUUGUGACCACCACACUGCUGUCUGUGUCUAUGAGUUUCAGUUUUAUAUCCCACAUACGAGUGAAAUAAUAUGGUUCUUAGUUUAUUCUGACUUAUUUUGCUUAGCAUAAUAUUCUCAAGGUCCAUCCAUGGUGUCACAAAUGACAGUACUUCAUCUUAUAGCUGAGUAAUAUUCCAUUGUAUAUAUGUACCACAUCUUCUUUACCUAAUUUUCUAUUAAAGAUAGAAGUACUGGAAACAACACUUUAGUUGUUUCCAUGUCUUGGCCACAUGAAUAGUGCUGCAAUGAACAUAGUUGUGCAUAUACUUUUGUGAAUAAAUACUAUCUUCUGAAUACUUCAAACAUAGCUCUGCUUUUCCCAGUUAGGUCUUUACCUAAGUAGAAGAGAUUUUUGUGAAUUUGUGUGAGAAAUUAUUGCAUUUUACUUCUUUCCAGCAUCAUCUUCUUAUAAGGUGAUUCGCAAAACCACUCUCAUCCAUCAGAUGUUCAUGAACUCACAAGUCUGAUUUGGGCUGUCAUUUGUUCAGUUAGGCCAGGUGUAUCAAACUCAUUUUUCCCAGGGGCCACAUCAGCUUUGCAGUUGCCUUCAAAGGGCUAAAGGUAAUUUUAGGACUGUAUAAAUGUAACUACCCUAACUAGGGGCAAGGAGCUCAGUGCUGCCACCAGGUAGAAACAAGAGGUGCCAGGCCAGAUAAAACAAGGUGAAGAGCCAGAUUCAGCCCAUGGGCCUUGUGUUUGCCACCUGUGAGUUAGGCCUUCUGUCUGGCACUGUGCUGUAAUUUAGACAUCACAGUCUAAAUUACUCUAACUUUAUACAAGUCAUUAUCUUUGAGGGUAAGUCUAUUUGCCAUGUUCUUAAAGAUUGUCUAUUUGAAGCCUUGGUACUUUCAUACAAGUUUUAGAAUAAGCUUGUUAAUUUCCACAAAAACUUUAAUGAAUUCAGUUGGAAUGUCACUAAAUCUAUAAGGUCACCUGGGAGAAAAUUCACAUUUGUAUGCUAGAGCCUUCCAGUCCUUGAACAUGACUCAUCUACUUAGGUCUUCGUUGUCUUCAAAUAAGUUUUAUACUUUUCACACAGUGGACUUAAACAAGUAUCAUUUUACAUUUUUUCUGGAUAUGUUGCAUUUUUUAUGACAUUGUAAC